AUGCAGGAGGAUCACCAGAAACAGAAUGCCCUGGCCGACGGUUGCAUCCAGGUCAUCGUGCCUCCGAAUAUUGACGACAGAACUCAGACUGCACACCAUCGAUUCGACCAACGGGCAGAGUGGUUUCGAGUGACCAUGGCCAGCCUCACAGCACAAGGCGAAGAGCCUAUUCUCCAGGUUACGGACCGUUUCAAGAAAUUGUGCAACCCAAGUGCUCAGUUCAGCCUUGGGCAGUACCCGAGCCUUGUGUCAUUUAUCGGCGACACUGGGGUUGGCAAGUCGACGCUUGUCCGUGCCAUGAACACUGUUGGCAUUGUAGACCAAAUGCGGAGAUCGGGCGUCAUGGACUGGAGACAUGUAUUUGGCUGUCAGCUGCAUGGCCCCGUCACGAGGGCUACUUCUGCGCGAAGGACCAUGCGCCCAACAUCAGUCGGCGUCCAUCUUUACCGUGAUCAGACCAUUGUCCAUGUAAGGGACGACCAUGGGAAUCAAGAAGAUGUCCCCAUGCUCUAUGCCGAUUGCGAAGGCUUCUCGGCCGGCAGUAUGAGAACUGAUGCUGAGUUAAGCACUGCCACGGGCUCGUCGCGUGCUUCAAGGAUACGGUCCGGGUCUCUGACAUCGCAAAGCUCGCACUCAAGGCCGCACGCCAACUCAAAUACACCUUCUGAGCCUGCAGCCGCCACUGGAAUGGAAGGCCCGUUGCAGCUGGAUCUCGUCAUCAAGACGCCCGGCUUCAAGGAUAUGGGCAAGACGAGCGCAGAUGUCUUCUACGCUCGCUUUUUGUACGCCUUUAGCGACGUCGUCGUCUUUGUGAUAAACGAGGAACAAAAGAUGAAGCGAGAAAUGCAACGGCUGCUUGAGUGGGCAGUAUCUGCUGUGAAGACCUCGAGAAGCAGAAGCUCACCUCGAACCCUCCUGGUCGUCCGUAACGGUCCGAGCAGUCACCAUGACUCUUUUUACGACGACGUCGACCUCAAGAACGAGAUGUUUCAGGACUUUGGUGACAUCUGGGACGAUUCGCGAAUUCUUACCAACUACAAGGUGGAUCAUAACUUGAACUGCAGCCGAAAUGAGGACAAGAUCUAUGACAACGAUCAGUAUUUCCGGCUCUUCUUCCGCGAGACCACAAUCUGUUAUAUCCCGAGCAUACAGAACGAACAGUCGCCCGAUCGCAUCUAUCAACAGUACUCUCAUCUUCGAAAGCUGAUCGUGGGUGGCGUCCAAGCAGCUCAAAAGGCUCGCUCCAAAUCAUACUUUCGGCAUGAUGUGCCGUCGGCGAUCGACCUGAUCGGCCAGGCUUUCAGGCACUUUGCCGAAUCUAACGAGCCGUUCGACUUUCAUGUGGCGGCAAGGAAAGACAACCCGACGCCAAUAUCCAUCCCUGGGCAUAUUGCUAAUCUUCUGCGCCACCUGGGCACCACCGAAGAGAGGUUCUCAAAAUUUGAAAUCAUUGUCGCAAUAUGUUUGAUCUCAUACAACUAUCGAACCUCUCGACUCGGGAGGGAACCUGCAGAUAUCUUCGACGACGAACUCGUGAAGAUAUGCCGCAAGGGACUGGAGAUCUAUCAGAAGCAGUUCCUUCGCUGCGCUCUUCUGAUGGGCGACGGGACCAGAUGCGUCAAGUUUGCGUAUAACCAUGACUGCCAUGAGAGUGAGAAGACCCUUAUUUGGAAAGGGGAUAUCGAGCGCUCAUGUUUUGAGAAAGAUGUUACCGACGUGGUGGAAGCGGUCAGAAAGGCGUUCAUUGACCUAUACUCCGAGCUAUGGGAUGUCAGUGCUCAACGUGGUUCGCCGACUCUGCAAUCCACCGCUGCAUUUCGACGCAGGAUCCUUGGACGAGAGCGCACCUCGCCAAUACCCCCUCUUGCGCGGGUGCCAACGCUACGAUCCCAGGACUUUGACAGGGUCGAUCCGAUAUGGUCGGAGCUUAAGAGCAACAUGACCUGCUUUGCCUGUCUACAAUAUGCGCCUGACCAUGUGCUGCCGUGUGGACACGGGUACUGCGAGGAUUGCGUGAAAGAUUUCGGCAAGGUCCUCCCACAAAGGCCCUACCACUAUGUAAUGGGCGAGUGCGUCCUGUGCAACGCCACGGCAGCUCAGUGGCAGGUACGACGAGGCGGAGAGUUGUCAAACGGACCAUCAGUUGCGAAUGAAAAUGUUACACCAGUCAUCAGACUCAAUCCUCGCUGCGGAGGGAUAAGAGUGCUCACGCUGGAUGGCGGCGGCAUUCGGGGCGUGAUCGAACUCGCCCUGAUUGAGAAGAUUGAGCACAGGAUUGGCCUGAAUUUGCCGAUUUCGGAAUUCUUUGAUCUGGUCGUGGGAACCAGCACAGGGGGCAUUAUCGCUCUGGCCAUCACAAACUCACCCAGGGACGUCAAUACCAAAUCACUCACAUCCAAGUUCAUCAACCUGGCGAAGAGAGUCUUCGAAAGGGAUCGCUUUGGUCACGUUUGGAGAAUGGAUCCGCUGAGUGUCGUCAACCGGUCCACGGUGCUGAAUGUCAUGAUGUUACUGCGGGUCAUCAAAAGCAGGUACAAAAGCAGCACCCUGAAAGCCAGCUUGCUCGACUUCUUUGAUCCCAAGCAACCCGUUUUCGGGGCCACCGUCGCUUCCUGUCAGCAGAGGACGGCGAGAGUGGCGGUAACCAGUACCAGCGACGGUUCCCCUUGUUUGUUCACAAAUUACAAUCGUGCCUCAUACGCUCGAGCAGACGGCUCUGAUGCGGAAGAUUUGGUGGUCAAUCGAGGGUUCGAACGACAAGACAAUCCCGAUAUGGAAGCGCGAGUCUGGGAAGCAGCCAUGGCCACGUCGGCCGCACCCGGUUACUUCCACGAAUGGAGGAUCGAUGAUGUCGAGAAUCGGAAACAACACCGUGUCCCGUUCAGGGACGGGGCUCUUCAUUCCAACUUGCCAGUGCAAUGUGCGUUGGAAGAGCAAGACCGCAUCUGGCCUGCUCACAAGGACUAUAAGAAACCUUUGGACAUCCUGGUAUCCCUCGGCACAGGCAAACCACUCAAGGAGACCAAAAUCCCUCGCUGGCUGGAAUUCGCAGGCGUAGGGGACAUUGCCGCGGCGUACUACAAGAACGUCAUCAACACCGACGCCGUUUGGGACGCCUUUGUCAACAGCCAACGUAGCAAUUAUUCGCCUGGCCGCCAUUUUCGGCUGACCAUUGACCUGGAAGAGCGGGUCGGACUCGAUGAGUGGGACAAAAUGCACAACCUGUACGACAAAGUGGGCCAGCUGUACCAUUCGUCUUUCAGAGCCUCGACGGGACUGUGGAAGAAAAUCGACGACAUUGCCUACAAGCUCACGGCCUCGCUGCUCUUCUUCGAACCGGACAAGUGCGAGCCUGUCCCCGCGCGCGGUCAGGCUGCUCAGGGACGAGAGCAGAUCAGCGGGACCAUCCUGUGCAGGCUCCAGACGCCGAGUCCUGCGUUGCGCACGCUCAUCCGCCGCAUUGAAGGAUUCUACCAUCAUGCCGCAAGUCGACAUGUGGACACUCAACUACAAUUACCACGAGACUGGAAGACGGUGGCUCUCCACGCCGAGCAGAACGGACAGCCGUUUGGUAUUCCUUGUCGGCUGGACAAUGCCGAAGGAGCCGCAGUCCGACAGAGCUUGCUCGUCAAGUUGAAGCCACCUGGCGAGGCGGGCGAGGGGUCUCUAGAGCCCAUUAGUGGCUUUCCUAUCACGUUUCAGGAAUUAAAGGCAGGGAUGUUACAAAGGGGUGUCAAGUGA